AUGUCGUCCACCGAGCUUCAAUACCCGCCCUCCGCCGCCCAGCCCGGCUUCGUCUCCACCCAGCCCGCAGGCGGUCCGAGUAUGUCCAUCGCGUCCGCAACGCACAAGAAGGAGGAGGAAAAGGCGGCGAGGUUGAGGGGUGGCUGUAUCCCCUGCCCGGACGGCGGGUGCUGCUAUAUCAUCCCUAUCCCGUGCUGCUGCUAAGGCCGCUGCCUUUGCCUACGACCGAUAUACACGACAUGCGAGGGUAAUUUGUACCAUACCACUAUGCUUUCUGGACAUUGGAGUCUACGGACAAGGGACGAGAAAGUGUAUUGAAUGAUCUUGCUGCAUAGAUGUAUCCAAAGAAUGUAUCAUAAACGAUGUCUUGCUUCCCUCUCCAUGUGAUCA